AUGGGAACAUUGGUGGGUCACAUCUUACCGGGAUUUUUCUUCUUUGCACUUGGUCUAUGGCACCUCUUUAACCACAUCAAACUAUUUUCUCUACACCCAAAAUCAUACAUAUCUUGUGCAUGGUUUCCACUUUCCAAACCAAGAUAUUUAGAGCCUCUCUUGAUCAUUAUAGGCUCCUCACUUUCCAUUUCCGUGGAGCUUUUCCUUGGCCAAAACAAUCACCAACCAUUUGAUCCCAAGGACGGAACCAUCCCAUAUAACCAUCUUCAUAACUUUGAACACUCUUCCAUCUCCAUCACCUUCAUCACCUAUGCAGCUUUUGCCAUCAUCUUUGACAAAACAAGACCAAUGGCUCAUCGGGACCUCAUCAACUUGAUCGCAGCCCUGGCCUUCGCCCAACAACUCUUCCUCUUCCAUUUCCAUUCGUCAGACCACACGGGCGUCGAGGGACACUACCAUUUGUUGUUACAACUCGUAGUCUUUGUCUCUUUGGUCACAACACUCUUCGGGAUCGCCUUACCAAGUAGCUUCUUGGUGAGUUUUGUUCGGUCACUUAGUAUUUCCUUGCAAGGAAUAUGGCUUAUGUCAAUGGCUUGCAUGCUUUGGACGCCAAGUUUGGUUCCCAAGGAUUGUUUUCUUCACGUUGAAGAGGGUAAACAUUCCAUUAGAUGCUCAAGCGUCAAAGCUCUUCACAGAGCAAUAUCAUUGGUCAAUAUCCAAUUCAGUUGGUUUCUUGUUGGUGUAACCAUCUUUGCAAUGUGGUUUUAUAUUUUCUUGCUAAGGAUCUACGCUGAGAAAAUUGACUAUUCUGAGCUUCGAACAAAGGAACCCGAAGACAUGGAGAUCAUGAUGACCAUGGUUGAUGUUCUUGAUGCUGAGUCACAAAAUGGAGUUAAGCCACAAGCUUGA